AUGACUAACAUUUUACGAAAUUGCGAUAUUAAAGAAUGCAAAGGUGUUUUAGACUGCUUGAUUGAAGAAUAUAACGAUAGAUUUAAAGAUUUUGAACAACAUGACACCACACUGCAGCUGGUAUUUCAACCACACUUGUUAGAUGUUUUGAAGGCACCUGAUUAUUUGCAAAUGGAAUUAAUCGAAUUAUCAGAAGAUCAAAUAUUUAAAUCUCUCUUCAACGAUAAGAAGAAUCCAAUUGAAAUAUGGAAGAAUGCCGUUGAUUACCCAAAACUUCGUGAACAUGCUCGUCGUAUCCUCUCCUGUUUCGGCACAACUUAUUGCUGUGAAUCAACAUUUUCACAUAUGACACAAAUUAAAUACUGCUUGAGAUCCCAAUUAACUAACGCUCAUUUGGAAGACCAACUAAGAUUGAAGACAACGAGGCUGGAACCAAAUAUAAAAUUGUUAUCGAGCAACAAACAAUCACAGAAAAGUCAUUGA